AUGAAGGGAAAAGAAAAGAAGGGGAAGGGUGAUGGGGAUAAGGGCUAUUGGGAUGAUGUUAAAAAGUUAUUGGACCCACUGUCUCAAGCUAUGACCAAGAAUGGCCAAACUGAUAGUAACCUGUGUAGUACCAUGAAAGAGGCAAACAAAGCAGCAUGUCAAUUCAUUGUGAAAGGGUUAAAACAUAUAUAUGGAAUUACAAGGGGCACUGACAGCCAGGAUCAGCAGUUCGUUCUGAACAACCUCAUAUUCCAUCGAACUAUGUCUUGCGUCUUAUUAAAUGCAUUUGCGGAUAAACUGGAGAAACUGAAAGAUGAAAAGUCGUGCGACGUGAAGAAAGGUAUAGAUCAUGCUUUUAAAGACGAAGGAAGUCUUUACAAAAGUGAAUGUAAGGAUGGUCCAUGUGAACAAUGCAAGAGGGAACAGAACAUUGGAGAUUGUAAUAUAGGUCAGGGUAAGAUAGGACCCCAAUUGGACAAAAUGCUCCAGGAGAAGCAAAGCAAAAUAGAGGAAAUGAAGCAAGCUUUGGAAACUGCAUGUAAAUCCCCUCCUCCAGAACCAGCACGACCGAGUAAUACACAACCUACCGAGAAAAUCGACGCACCAACGCCGGAAAUUACAGAAAAACCAGAUCCUGCGGUUCCGAAGCCAACAGAGGCAUCAGCUGCUGUACAUCCUCAGACACCAGGUGCUGUAUCAGAAACAGCACAGUCAGGCGAGAACAUUACUGGUAGUUCUACGGGUGGAUCAGAGAAACAGACUCCUGAUAAACAGUCCAAAUCAGAAGAAAGUGGAGAAGGAAAGUGUAAAGCCAACCUGAAGAAUGUUAGUGCUAACAAUGGUCCUACGGGUGUUAGCUUCGCUGCAGGGUGUACGUCUGAUUCAGAUUUAGGACUAACGGAGGACGUUCAAAGAAUGCUGGACGCUCAGGAAGCAAAGGGACAACCUGGUACUUCCGUUGUCUAUUUUCAUGGAACUGAACAGAGGAUGCACAUACAGAGUACACCCAAGGAAUUCUAUAUGUCUUAUAUUUAUAAAUGUAUUAUAAUCACUUUCCUUCUUUUUACUCUUCAGGCGCAAAAACUGAUACAGGUGAGAAAGGCUCCACUAAGCAGGAUGACGCAGUUCCCCAUCCAGGACAAGCGUCUGUUCACUCCGAUGCUUCCACUGGAGAAGUUAAAGACGGUACUAUUACCAAUCCUCGAGCUGGCGCAGAAUCUGUUCCUGGUAACAGUGAUCCAAAAGGAGGUCCUCAGCAACCACCUGGUGGUGGUAGUCAUGCUCGCGAUCAGGGUCCUAUUCAAACAGACCCUGCAAUGGGAGGACCACAACGUACUUUACAGGGGGAAAGUUUAG